UCCCUCACUCUCCCGGUGUCGCUGUGUCACGGUGUGUGUCUCACUCCCCCGGCGUCCCUGUGUUAUGGGGUGUCCCUCAGUCUCCCUGUGUCACGGUGUGUCCUUCGGGCUCCCGGUGUCCCUCAGUCUUCCAGUCUCCCGGUGUCCCCGUCAGUACUGUCACGGUGUGUCCCUCAGUCUCCCGCUGCCCCUCUCAUUGUCGCACACACGGACCCCCGUUGUCUCCCCCGUUAGUAUGACUUUCUGCCUCUCCCGGUGCUGCUGUGUCACACACAGUGUCUCAGUUUCUCUGCCUCCCGGUCUCCCCAGUGUCCCCUCCCCGAGCUGCAGGCUGAGCAGUGAGCAUCGGGCGGGGACUGUAUGGUAGAGGCUGCGGCCCAGGAGUCUGAGCAGGGCCGGGGAGAGGCCUCGGACAGGCGAAUAACGUGACGGUAUUACACGGGAUUCUCCCGCGGCCUGACAGAGGCUCCCGGACCCCCGCAACAUCCUGGCAGUGGCCCCGGGACCAUCGAACACUGAGAGCGGCCCCGGGACACCCGAGCACUGAGAGCGGCCUCGGGACCCCUGAACAGACCGUUAUAUGAGUAAGGAGCUGCUCCCCCGCUUGUAUCGGGACAUGUGGCUGCUGUGCCUGUUCCUGAACUUCCUGGGCUCCGUAGAGAGCCAGUUCCUUCCUGGAAAUAACUUCACCAAUGAGUGUAAUAUCCCUGGAAACUUCAUGUGCAGCAACGGGCACUGUAUCCCUGGUGCCUGGCAGUGUGACGGGAUGCCCAACUGCUUUGAUGCCAGCGAUGAAAAGGAAUGCCCUAAGGUCAAAUCCAAGUGUGGCCCAACUUUCUUCCCCUGCGCAAGCGGCAUUCACUGUAUUAUCGGGCGCUUCCAGUGCAACGGAUUUGAGGAUUGUCCAGAUGGGAGUGAUGAGGAAAACUGCACUGGACACCCUUUCCUCUGUUCCACAUCUCGAUUCCACUGCAGGAACAACUUAUGCAUCGAUAAGAGCUUUGUGUGUGACGGACAGAACAACUGUCGAGACAACAGUGAUGAGGACCAGUGUCACAAGCCACAUGAGUCGGCCAGCGAGCUAGAAUAUGGAUCCUCAGAAACACUGCGUCUUCAUUACUCCAGUAUUACAUAUAUUAUUAUUGGCAGCUCGGUCAUUGUUGUGCUCGUGGUGGCGCUGCUGGCGCUGGUCUUGCAUCAUCAGAGAAAACGCACUAACAUGAUGAGCCUUCCUGUGCACCGGCUCCAGCAUCCCCUGCUCUUGUCCAGGCUUGUUGUGCUUGAUCGUCCCCAUCACUGCCGUGUCACAUAUAAUGUCAACAAUGGCAUCCAGUACAUGUCAUCUGAGGGCUACCAGCAGCCAGUGAGCAUCGAAUCUCCACCGUCGUACACUGAAGCUGUGCUUGACCAAAGCUCUCGACCACCUUGGUUUGAUUUACCUCCCCCUCCAUACCCCUCUGACAUGGAGAUUGGAGGCCAUACCGAGCUACCACCAUACCGCUCUCGGACCGGCAGUUCCACAAGUAAUUGCAUUGGGAAUCAGAGCCUGGGGUCCAUAUGCAGAGGGGAAGACCCCAACAACUAUGCAGAGACACAUGAAACCACAGCACCAAAUGCAUGAGCCUUAGGCCCCUCUCGAUCCAAGAGGGGUCUUCAUAGUGAACCCCUCCUGCAGUGAGAAUACUUAUCAUGGGUUGGUCUGCUGCAUCUUGUUACCAGUGGAGUAUUUCUUGUUUGUUAUUGUUUGCAGAUAUAUAUGUUUGUAACUUGUUGUCUGCUUUAUUUUUCUAAUGCCUUUGACUCUCCAGAUAAAAGAGAUAAAUUCAGGCUACAAGAUGUAGAGCAAUAAGGCACUUAGCCCCGUGCGACAGUAUGUGUUGUGUUUAGAGCAUAGCAUUAAUACCAAGAUGUGAAAAGAAACGGAUUGAGCCCUGCAGGCCUUGCAGACCUUUAAAGAUCACAGUCCAUUAACUGCUCUGAGCCGCAGAGCCGAUAAGCUGAUGGUAUCAUCUCUCAUGUCAUGUGAGAUAAACUCAAUGCCGAAUCCAGUGCGUUUGUUCGGAAAUGCAUGGCCUGUAAAGGCAGAGAGUAGGAAAUAACAGCACAGCUUGAUCCAGGUGAAGAGAAAAAGCACAAAAAUAUUUUAUUAUCCACACAGAGACCAAAAAGUCAGUGUAAGAAAUGGCAGCUUUCUGAGACUUUAGUAGCAGGAACAGGCAUCUGGCCGAAGUGACCUUAUAUCUACAGUGCCUUAGUGGCCCCCGGCAUGAGUGUGUAUUGAUUCCCUGAGCAAUAAGAAUGUCCCUGCAUCUGCGUCGUCUUCCUCUGCAUCAGUAUUCAGACAUUUGCAGCCGGGGGCCUAGAGGCCGUUGUGGUGUGGAAAUCAGCGUAUUACACUUUGUAAUCUCUACUCUUUACUAUUAACGUCUCCUGUGGUAACAAGUGCGACCAGACCAACCUGUGACAGGAUAUUGGUGCGUUGUGGCACUGUGUGUAUUUAUCAUAUUCUUGUAGGAUAAAUUAGUGGGGGAUUUCCCUCCAUCUCUUUGAAACUUUCUCCUUCUCAGGCUCCUCAUCAAAUGCUGCAAAAGACAAGUAAUCAAUUUCCAUGUUCUGAAGACUUGGUAAAGAAAAAAACACCCUCGGUAUGACACAUCUGGGACUCAGGGAGCCUCUAUAAAUUAUAUAUAAACUUUAAGUUUGGCAUCUAAUACUGUUCGUCAUUUAUAUAUAACCAGCUGAUUUGCUUUAACCUAUCUGCUUUAUAAGCUGAGUACAUAUAGCACCUGCCUGGAUUUACAGUGAAGAGAGACCAGUUACACAGCACUCAUACAAGUUAUCAUCCUAUGUCACACCAAGAACCCAGCUCAAAGUGCCUAAAAAUAUGCAAACUGGAGAACAAUGGUUGAUUUUCCUUAACCAUUGGGUUGCACAGAGGGUGGCAGCUCUCAGACAAGGGAUUAAAUACAUGAUAUAAAAA